AAUUGCUUUCUCAGCUUCCCCAUUGGAGGAGCUCUCUCAGCUCUUUAAGCCAUCUGUUUGUCUUUCUUUGGGAGAGACCAAAGAGAGAGAGGGAGGAAGGUGGGAAAGUGAUAGUGAUUAACAAAAACAACCGUACCAUAGUCCACAAAACAUAUAUCUGAGCUUGACAUCUUCCAAACACAGAAAAACAAAACAAAAAAACCAAAUUAUCUCAACAUAUACAAAAAACUACGCAGCCAAUUAGGGCUUCGUCGGAAAGUUGCUUGCACCCAGGGAAAAGAGAAAAGAAAGUUAAGGGCUCUGUUUUAGCUUUAUCUCUCUCUCACUCUUCCACUACCACUCCUACCCGUUUUUGGUGCGUAUAAGGUUUGCUUUUGUUUUUCUCUGCCAUUUUGGAGUUUCUUCGGUUAUCCAUGGAGGUCGUUCGGACACGGAUGAAAUGGGGUUUUGAAUUUUUCGGCUUUAAUCUCUGAAAAGCUUGGUUUUUUCGAGGCUUUUGGUAGUUUUGCGAGGUGGGUUGUGCUUAUUUUGUGUUGGGUGUUUUUUAUUUUUGGGAUUGAUUUUUGGAGCUGUGAAAUUCGGGGGUUUAGGAAGGAAAGUUAUGUCUUCUCAGGUGAUAGUUGUGCCGAAAUUUUAAAUUUUUUUGUUAUGGUGGUGCGAGGUUUAACUGUUGUUGAACCAUGGAAUCUUUGGUUCUUGUGCGCUGAAGCCCAAAGGUCUUUUGUCUUUGAAGCUUGCGAGAGUAGUUGAUUGGUUGAGGGUUUUGAAGGUGUUGUGAGUUUGGGAAAUUUUUGGUAUCACUUUUAGAGAUUUCUUUCUAACUUUUGCAUAGGAGGGAGAGCUGGAAUUCAGCUGAUUUCAAUAACCAAUUCAUUUCUUUGAAGGGAGCUGUGAACUGCUUAGUGGUGGGGGCUAUGGUUUGUUAAGAGAUUCUGGGAAAAAAUUUGUUUUGGGAAAGAAAAUGGCAACUGAGUCAAACGCAGGGUUUCACCGUGAGGAAACAUUCAGUUCUGCUCUGAAUCGACACGCGAUCUCUUUUCAGUCUGGGGCCAUUAACAGCACCUGUGAGAUGCUUCCGAUGGGAAAUUAUUAUCCAAUGAAUAGCAGUGCAGCAGCAACACCAGCAGGCAUGGUGUUCUCUGGGAGUAGUUCUAGCAUCAUUAGCAACAAUCCUGUGAUUAGUCAAGCUGGUAGUUCGUCUAGUGGCUCUCUUCUUCUCGAUACUGUGCCGGGGCUCAAGCAUGACGCAGGGUUGGCCGUUGAAUGGUCUGUGGAGGAGCAGUGCAAGUUGGAGAGAGGCCUUGCCGAAUAUGCUAGUGAACCGAGCAUAAUGAAGUACAUCAAGAUUGCUGCCAUUUUACGUGAUAAAACUGUUCGUGAUGUUGCUUUGAGGUGUAGGUGGAUGAUGAGAAAGCGGAGGAAACAGGAUGAACUUAUUUUGGGGAAGAAGGUGAAUAAUAGAAAGGAUAAGCUAGUGGAGUCGUCUUCAAAGCCAAGUAUAGUCUCAGUUCCAUCUUUCGACAUGACUGGAUAUCCUUUUAUAAUGAAUCAUAUGGGCCAGAAUGGAUGCUUGCCUUUUGAAGUCUCAGGAAUGAGUAACACAGCCAAGCAUCUAUUGGAACAAAAUGCUCAAGCUCUUAGUCAAAUCACAGCUAAUCUGUCCGCUUACAAGUUACAGGACAACAUUGAUCUCUUUUGUUGUACGAGGAGCAACUUAAAUUCCAUCCUGAAUGACAUGAGACAUAUGCCUGGCAUAAUGAGCCAGAUGCCACCGCUCCCUGUAUCGAUUAAUGAGGAUCUUGCAAAUAGUAUUUUGCCUAAUACAAUUUAGGUAAGCUCUCAUUGUGAAUGCUUCACACCGAACUCAUAAUUGCGUUUGUGCACACUAGUGCAAAAUGCUUAUUAAAAAAGCAAAGGUCAGGGGAGAGUUGGGGGAAGGGGAAGAAGACUUGUGUCUUUUUCCAUUUUUCAUGUAGGCUUAUUUAACUUCUCUUUGUAGAAGCCCUUUCAUUUGAACUACAAAUUCGAAGUAUUUCUUUUCAUAAUCACGUGAUUUUCGUGCCGUGUUGCAAUGCAGCAUCAAUUAUGCAUUUCUUUGGAUGUUAAAUCUAUCCUUGUGAAUAAUCUGUCUAGUAAUUCAUACUUCCGGAUCCACCGGUAUUUUUUUUCUUCUUCUUUUCCUUUUCUGUGGUUGAUUUUGCAUUUGGGUUGUCUUUAGGUUCAUUGGUUCUUGUCAUGUUGGCUGAAUAUGAAUAAUAAUGCACAACAAAUUUGGAUGUAAAGAAUUGAUUUAUUACCAAUGCAAGAAGACAAAUGGAUGACCUUGAUGGAGUGUGCCUAAUUGUUGAGCUUCUCAGUACUUUGUAAGAUCUCUUUUAAUUUUAAAUUUUAAUGGUUAAAUAUUUUGAGGGAGCAAAGAAAGAGUCUCACAAAUGUUGUGGGGGUGGUGGGGUUUUGGAGCUUCAUGCACUCAGGAGCCUUUUAUAGCUUAAUCUGAAACAUUUUACAUCAUAGACUCACUGCUUCCCAUAAAAUCUUGGGCAUCAAUUUAGUCUUUUGGUGUUGGUGCUUUUCUGCUUUUAUUUCGUACUGUAUCUGAAGAUAGAUGUACCCUUGUUAUAUAAAUAAAAUUAUAUUGUGCAGAAAAUGAGGGAUGAUGAUGAACAUCUUUUUUAUAUCUGUACAUAUAUAUUCACUUUUUCUUGUUUAUUAGAUUCCAUUGGAAAUU